UGGCGAUGCCCGUCGAAUGCCACCAACCGCAGCAUUUCCCCACAUCGAUCAUCCCUGGCCACUUCCCUCCUUUUACUUGCCUGCUCCCCUCCGUCUCUCUUCGAUCUUCGCUCUCAGCCCCCAUCGAGUCCCGUCAUCCUCUUUACGCCAGAAUCAUUCUCAAAAAAGUCAUGGGUUCUUUGUAAAUAUGCUUCGUCUUUCUGCUUGAACAAUCCCCAGUGUCCCGCCCCGGAAGCUCGGCCCGUCGACUGCGACAUUUUUGGGUUUCAUUUGUGGACAAUUGCACCCUCUCCUUUAUUCUUCUUUCUCGACUCGGUCGCCUCGAUAACACAGACACGCUUCUCCUGAUCUCCCCGCGAACAUGGUGGUCGGCAUCAGCAAACGGUCGCAGUUCCGCAAUGAGCGGGCGCUGCAGGAUCUCAUCCGCUCGGUUCCUGGAAAUGACCGUUGCGCAGACUGCGACGCGAUGAAUCCAGGAUGGGCGAGUUGGAACAUGGGUAUUUUCCUGUGUAUGCGGUGCGCUGCGCUGCAUCGGAAGAUGGGCACCCAUAUCUCCAAGGUCAAAUCCCUGAGUAUGGACAGUUGGACGUCGGACCAAGUCGAUAACAUGAAAUCGCACGGCAACAAUCUCAUGAACAAGAUCUUCAAUCCGCGAAACGUCAAGCCCCCCGUCCCCACCGAUAUCGACGAAGCCGAUGCGUGUAUGGAGCGUUUCAUCCGCCAGAAAUACCAGCACCGCUCCCUGGAGGAUGGCAAACCGAAACCGCCCAGUCGUCAGGAUUCCAACCAGGGCAUCUCCCCGGAAGGAUCUCCCCCUCCGUUGCCUCCGAAGCCUUCCCGACCUGUCGGUUUCGGGCUGCGGUCGGCUUCUUCUGCCGCGGACCUUCGUCGCAUGUCCGUGAACCAAGGCGGGAUUGGCCGGCGUGAAUCGCCACCGCCGCCAGUUCCCAGUCUGGGCAUGGGGGCCUCUGUGAAUACUACUGGCAACCGGUCGUUCGAGUCGAUGAUGGCUACUUUGAGGGACAUGGGCUUUCAGAAUGAGCGCCGGAAUGCGAUUGUUCUUCGAGAACUGGAGGGUAAUCUUGAAAAGUCGAUCGAAACAUUGCAGAGGUUGGGAGAGGGAGGCAAUCCCCCAUCGCAGGCAAGAAUUCCGGCCCAACCAACCGGUGUGACCGUUGGAGCGUCCACCGGGGCAUCCAGCAAUCCCUUCGAUCAGUUGGACUCGAGACCGCCUGCGCAACCCAGCAACCCGUCCUACAAUCCGUUCGAUAUACCGACACCGCAGCCACAGGCUCCCCAGUUUCAACAGCCCCCACAACAGCCUCUGGAGCAGUCCUUCCAAAAUCUCCAGGUCGCCCAGCCCUUACACCCUCACACCACUGGAGGAUACUUUCACCAGCAGCAGCAGACGCCGUUUUCUCAGCCCUACUAUCAGCAGUCGGCCACUCCUCCCGCCUCUGCAACCCUCUCCCAGGGCGCAUUUGUGUCUUCGCCUCAGCCUACUGAUGGUGGCAACAACCCAUUCUUCCAGACCGGCGCUCAACCGCAGGCCAAUUUGGCCACUCCGCCCGCCAGCCAGAAUCCCGGUCUUGGUCAGACGAACCCCUUCUUCACGCAGCCGCCCAGCCAGCCAGCGCCAGCCAGCCAGCCGACUCCUGGGUUCCCACCGCCGCGACAUGCGAACACCAUGCCAACAUUCUCUUCCACCACGGCCUUCGGUCAGCCUUCUCCUUUCCAGUCGCAAGCACCUCAGUCGCAAGUGCCUCAGCUGCAAGCGCAACCGACCCAGCAGAGCCAACCCACUCAACAGUCUCAUAACCCGUUCCAAAGCAUGACUGCUCCGACCACUCCACACUCUGCGGGAUAUCAAGCUCCGUCGCAAUAUGGGUUUCAGACGGCUACACAGCGUCUGGCUCCUCAGCCCACGGGCCGUCUGAACCCGGCGAACAAGAACAACAUUCUCUCUCUCUACAACUUCUCCCCGACGCCGGCGAUGACCCCGGAAAACCCCCAAUUUCCACCUUCGACCGGUGUCAACCCGGCCGCUACUGGCACGGCCAAUCCAUAUGCCUCUUACGGCUCUGUGCCUCAGAUGCAGGCGCAGAAUCAGCCCGGCACUUUCCCAUCAGCGGCACCCCAAUUCCAAACUCCGCUCUCCCAACCAUCCGCCGAUCCACAAGCCGCCGGCGGCUCUCGCAAUCCUUUCAUGAGCUCCACCGUACCAGGUGCCGGUGCUAUGUCAGUCCCUCAACAGCAGCCGCAGCCGCAGCAGCACAGCAUGGGUCUUAACAUGCCCGGUCCCCCGACCGCAGGCGGAUUCACUCGAUCCCACAUGAGCCAACAGAGCGUGGACAUCAGCGGCUUCCAGAACGGACGGCACAGUCCGGAUGCGUUUGCCAGCCUGAGUGCGCGGUACGGCUAAGGGGUCUACUUUCUUGGAUAUUCCUUUUCUACAUCCACGUACAUUUUGAACUUCACGGGUAUAUUUUUCGUUUUUUGUCUCGGCGAAUGUAAUUCUAUGCGAUCGUUGCAUUUAUUGGCCGGCGUUGCGGGUGAUUAGGGAAAUGGGCAGAUUAACUAACAUAGAUUAAAUGAUGCGUCGAGCGUGACAUUUGGUCUUUUUGGUUUUGGUCUUGGACACGGUUGCCAUAGAUGGAUGGAUGGAUGAUGGAGUAUAUAGCCAGUCAGUCUAGUGGGUAGUUUGUUCAAUUUAGACGUGAAUGAAAAGCAUCUCCG